CCGCACACCUGGACAUGCGGGAAGAGAGCAAACACCUGAGCAAGCGACACCUUUUCUUUUCAUUCGUCUAAUUUCUCUACCGCGCAGCUAUAUGCCUUUUUAAUCUCAACUGGCACUCCCACUCUCCAAGCCGCCUGUGCCCUCGGUCGAUGUCUUCUUGAACUUCAUACUGUCAUCAAGCCAGCAUCCCUUUCGACACGCUCCUUUUUUACAGCUUCUAUUUGUACCCCAGCAAGGCAUAUUUUAAUCACUCCUUUUUAUCAAUUACUUAACCAACCUUUAUUCUGUUCCUCAUUUCACUUCUUUUCUCUACAUCUAAUUUGAUUUGGUGUCUUCACGAACUAGCUCUGAGAUUGAAUAUUGGGCCCUCUAGGAACUUGAGAGUCAGACAGCUAAAACAGGAAUUGAUUGCGGUGCAUCCAGCAACUACAUAAGGAACCGCAAUAGACCAACACCCUUCCUCCAGACAGCGAUCAGUGUUCUUUGCUACCCCUGCAUGCGAACUCUUUCCAGACUGUCUAUCAACAAUUAGUGGUAUCGUGUUGUCCGAAUCACUAGCUUGGUUGAGUUGCACAUUGUUCAAUAACAUAAGAGUCGUCAGCAACAACCUCGCACUACCUACUACACCGCAAUACAGCAGAAGAUGACCGGUCGAGGGAAAAAGCAAAAGGCUUCUGAGCCAUCACCAGUUCAAUAUGACAGCGCAUCUGUUGAUACCAACGGCACAAUUCGCAAGGGCUCCAAACAUAAAGGAGUUUCAUCCACGCGGGGCGAACAGAAGGAGAAUAUUUUCCUGUUCUGGCCUAACAUAAUUGGCUAUAUUCGAGUCGUGCUGGCGAUAGCCUCUCUCUACUACAUGCCUCUCCAUCCUCGAACGUGCUCCCUACUCUAUAGCAUCUCCUGUCUUCUCGAUGCACUUGACGGAUAUGCGGCCCGUUUUUAUAACCAAUCCACAACCUUUGGGGCGGUGCUGGAUAUGGUUACCGAUCGAUGUACAACGGCUUGUCUGCUGGUUUUCUUGAGCUCCGCUUGGCCUCGCUGGGCGAUUCUGUUCCAGGGCCUGAUCAGUUUGGAUCUCGCCAGUCAUUACAUGCAUAUGUAUGCCACGCUGACCAUGGGUGGAUCAGGCCAGAGCCACAAGAAAGUGGACUCAAGCAGGAGUUGGAUCCUAUACCAAUAUUAUAAUAAUAAGAUGGUCUUGUUCGUCUUCUGCACUAUGAAUGAGCUAUUUUUCAUUGGCCUCUACCUGCUCUCCUUUUCAUCCCCGACUCUCUCUCCAUCGCUCCUCCAGCCGGUCGGUGAUGGUACAAGCGCAGGAUCUGGGCAACCCGGCACACCAGCCAUGCCUCCAAUCUCGACUCUUUUCGCGAGUCCUUGGAGCGCUGGUGCCUUGGAACUUGCGCGAGCCAACAAGAUGGACAGCUUCUGGCCCUGGGUUAUCACCGGGAUCUCCGCUCCGAUUAUGGCUGCUAAGCAGUUCAUUAACAUUGUUCAGAUGGUCAAGGCUAGCAAGUGGCUUGCGGAAGGCGACCUUGCCCGCCGCCGCCAGCUAGGCCUGUCCAAGACCAAGUAAUCUUUGAGAGCUUGAAGGCCCUUUUUCAAAUCCUCGUGGAUCGGCACACUUCCACACCCUCCGUUGUGAUCUGAAAAUGAGUGCCUUUGACAUCCGCUGAACCCCACAUUUUCAUUCCGUCAGAUACGUGACAACGUUAUCAUUCCACUUAACCUUUAACUUGCUUUUACUCUCUUGAAAUGAUGUUUUUCGUCCAAAUUGCAAGGGAUAUCUCCCUUCUUAUUGUUGGAGUCCAUGGACAGGUGCCGUCGCGAACUUUGCAACAUGUUUCUCCCUUCUGCUCCUUUUCUUUUGGGUGUAUACUCAUUUAUUCUUGCAGUUCUUUUGCCCUAUUUCUUACUCUGUUGACUUGAUGUUCUCUACGCAAAAUUAGCUACCUUCUUUUAGUUUAUUAUGUUUUCUUUUGCUUUUAUUUUUCCCUCCAAUGCAUUCUUAUUAUUCCUGUAUCAUAUAGACGAUCGGAAAGCUGGAUUAAUGGGCUAUUCCACAUGGUUCGGUGGAUGGGAAGAUGGUUAGGUAUUAUUGUAUAUACCGACCCAAUGAGGUUAGCAGUGAGUAACGG